AAUCGAAAUCGCGAUCAAAAAAUAAACAAAAGAGACGUCCCUCCGAAAACUCAAACCCCAAUUCCCAAUCCCACGAGCGAGGAAGAUAGAUCGAAGGAAAAAAAAAGUGAUUUUUUUUUUGAUCGAAUUCAUCCUUCUUGUCCUCUUCAUCUUUCGCCUUUCUCUUCUUUCUGGCCGUCAAAGCGACGGCUAAGACUCCCUCAGCUUGCCUUCGGCUUCACUCCACGGCCCCAUCCCCUCACCCAAAUUGAAAGCUCCACCUCCCACCUCAAAACCCUAACCCUAUCACCCUAAUCUCCUCUUAAAUCCAUGUCCUCCCGGAACCAGAACAGGCCCCCUCCCACCCCGGUCUUCGACCCCACUCCAAGCCCCUCAAAUAAGAAGGAGAAUUUAGAUGAGGCGCCUGUGGACAAGCGAAGGAAGAUUGGAGUAGGGAGGAUGGUGUGCCCGGCAACCAACCCGCGUGCGCGGCAGGUGCUGUCGACUGUCAAUGCUGGUCCGAAUCCUGGUGGGCAUGGUGAUCAUGGGGCCGGCGCCGCUCCGAGCUCUGACGGUGGGAGCAGUGGCAGUGGGGUUGAGUUCACAUCUAGGGAGGAUGUGGAGAGGCUUUUGGGUGAGAAGAUGAAGGGGAAGAACAAGAAUGAUUACAAGGGAAAGAGCGAGCAGAUGAUAGAGUACAUAAAGAAACUCAGGACUUGUAUCAGAUGGUUCAUGGAGCUUGAAGAUGGGUAUUUGGCCGAGCAGGAGAAACUCAGAAGUAUGUUGGAUUCUGAAGAGAAAAGGCAUGCAGAGAUUGAGGCCCAGAUGAAGGCCAAGGUUGAAGAAUUAAAUACAAUUAUCCAGGACCUUCAGAGGCAGCAUGCAUCUUUGCUGGAAAGCUUCAGAAAGGAGGAAGCUGACAAAUUGGCCUUUGUUAAAUCUUAUGAGACGGAAAGAGAGGCAAGGAUUGCAGUUGAAAAUUUGCGGGCAACAUUGUCCGAAGAGCUGGAAAAGGUCAAUCAAGAGGCAAGACGUUUCAGCGAUCAGCUGAAAAUGAUCCAAGAAACCAACAAGAGGUUGCAGGAAUACAAUACUAGCUUGCAGCAGUACAAUAGCAAUCUUCAAGCUGAUGCUUUGAAAAAUGGUGAGACUAUCUCAAAGUUGCAGAAGGAGAAGAAUGCGAUGAUGGAAACCUUGACUGGUUUAAGGGAUCACACUAACUCUCUUAAGAUUCAAUUGGAUGCUUCUAGGUCAUCUCAGCAAGAAGCUAUUAAACAGAAAGAAGAGUUAAAGAAGGAAGUAGGUUGCCUUAGAUGUGAAUUGCAGCAAGUAAGAGAUGAACGUGAUCAUACAUUAGUGCAAGUUCAGAGUUUAAGUGUUGAAGUUGCAAACUAUAAAGAAAGAACUGGGAAGUCCUCACAGGAUAUGGAAACCAUAAGGAUAAAGGCUAACACCCUUGAGGAGACAUGCUCUUCACAAAGGGAGCAGAUACAAAUGUUGCAGCAUCAGCUUGCUGCAGCAAAUGAAAAGUUGAAGAGGGCUGAUUUAACAGCCAUUGAGACAACGACGGAAUACGAACAGCAGAAGAAAACUGUAAAAGAUUUGCAAGAACGCCUUGCAGAUGCGGAGUUUCAAAUUUUGGAAGCUGAAAAAUUGCGUAAAAAGCUGCAUAAUACCAUACUGGAGCUGAAGGGAAAUAUCCGAGUGUUUUGUAGAGUACGCCCUAUUCUACCUGAUAGCGAUUCUAGUGGCAUAGAGGGGCCAGUUGUUUCUUAUCCAACAUCGGUUGAAUCUCUUGGGCGGGGCAUUGACUUGAUGCAUCAUGCUCAAAAGUAUUCCUUCACUUUUGAUAAGGUAUUCAAUCAUGAAGCUUCACAAGAAGAUGUAUUUGUAGAAAUAUCGCAACUGGUACAGAGUGCACUAGAUGGCUAUAAGGUAUGCAUAUUCGCUUAUGGGCAAACAGGUUCUGGUAAAACUUAUACCAUGAUGGGCAAGCCACAACCUUCCGAGCAGAAAGGGCUCAUACCCCGAUCUCUAGAGCAAAUAUUCCAGACCAGCCAAUCUCUGCAAUGUCAGGGAUGGAAAUACAAAAUGCAGGCUUCAAUGCUUGAAAUUUAUAACGAAACUAUUCGCGAUUUAUUAUCACUGAGCCGCCCUGGCAGCUUGGAUGCAAAUGCUGCUCUUAGCAAACAAUAUGCAAUCAAACAUGAUUCAAAUGGCAACACGCAAGUUUCUGACCUUACUGUUGUAGAUGUUUGCAGUCUUAAGGAGGUUUCUUUUCUCCUACAGCAAGCUGCACAGAGUAGGUCUGUGGGUAAGACACAAAUGAAUGAACAAUCCUCAAGAAGUCACUUCGUGUUCACAUUAAGGAUAUCUGGAGUUAAUGAGAGCACAGAACAACAGGUUCAAGGAGUGUUGAAUUUAAUUGAUCUGGCUGGAAGUGAGCGCCUUGCUAAAAGUGGCUCCACUGGAGACCGCCUCAAAGAAACACAGGCAAUUAAUAAAAGUUUAUCAGCUUUGAGUGAUGUAAUAUUUGCUAUUGCAAAGAAAGAGGAUCAUGUGCCUUUCAGGAACUCCAAGCUGACAUAUCUUCUGCAGCCUUGCCUUGGUGGAGACUCUAAAACGUUAAUGUUUGUCAACAUCGCCCCAGAGUCGUCGUCUGUUGGGGAGUCAAUCUGUUCCCUUCGUUUUGCUGCAAGGGUUAAUUCUUGCGAGAUUGGGAUUCCCCGUCGCCAGACCCAGAUGCGUUCGUCAGACUCACGCUUAAGCUAUGGUUGAGCAGCAUGGCAAAUACUUGCAUCCUCCAGCACCAUAUGCUUGUCGCUGUAGCUGCCGUGGCAUAUUUAAUGACUAUUAGGCUUCUAACAUAGUCUUCUGUAACCAGCACCAAGGAAAUGAAAUCAAUGUUGUGUUGUGAAUUGAAUUUGCACAAGGCAGUAUGUUGAUUGUGGUAAUAUUUGUAUCAGUAAUUCCUUUUAACUCAUUGUCUGUUAUAAUUGAAUCAAUUACCUACAUGAACAAUUUACACAAUCAGUUCAGCUGGAAUACCUGUUGAGGAU